AUGGGUUCAACUCAGCUAAUCGACUUUACACCGGCAGAUAUCGACAUGAUAUUUGCCGUCAGCCAGGAGAACCUCAACCAAGGCCUAACCCCAAUGCCGACAGCCUCUGGUCCUCCCACAUGGAUUGUUGAUCUCUCACAAUCUGGUACGGCAACUCAAGUGACCUUCAACAUAACCUUUGCGGACGGUGCCACUUUCAACAAUAAUCAACUAGGUCGAACAUUUACGCAGUCCGUGGCAAGCGGCGGUCCCCAAUGGGUUGUUCCGUACCAGGUUGACCUCACCAUAGCCAAGAUAGACAACUUGAAGGGUAUUCCCCAGUGGCUCAAAGACCGUUUCGCUGCUUUGAACGACGACUAUGGCGAGGUUUUCGACCUAUCUCAGGUUCUCCUCGACCUAACAACCCUAGCAUUCCAGACUGGAUCUACAUCUCCUGGUAUCGACUUGUAUGACUGGUAUCUCAUCCUUCAAGGAACUCUCGCCUAUCUCCAGACCAACCAUGGUGAUGUCUACACAACGCCUCCAAGCACUGGGUAUGCCAUAACCCACAACGGUGCAACGCCAACGCAAACACCUCCGACUUACACGCCUACAAGUGUUGAUUUUGUGAUUCUUCCUAAUGCCGCCCUACCUGGAGCCAGUGCGCUUGUGUUUGUCUUCAUGAUUAAUCAGAGGCCCUUCCCGCCUUCGCCAGCUAACGCUUUUGUCGACGUUGUCUUGAUAACCGAUCCGGCAAUAACCCCUGGAGUGGCGCUGGUCGGUGCACCUAACUUUGUGUCGUUUAUCUAG